CUUGGACAUCGCGUUCGAUUCACCUCGCGAGUCGGGGAAUCUCGUGCGAAAUAUAUAUCUCUAUCUCUGUCUUUUGCCACCGUAGGAAAAUCAGUCUCGACUGGUGUGUCACGCGAUGGAGUUGAAUAUCGCGAGACUGUCAAAUUUUUCUCGUCCGAGGUCGCGGUCGCUUUAGUUCACCUCUACGUCAUUCUCACGAUAACGUCACGCUGUUUUGCCACUCCAAACAAUUGCGGAUACCAGCGGCGAAGUGUCGCGCAAUAACGAAAUUCCUACACUCACCGUGGCUAUGCCAGUCAUGCAGGCUGAUAUGCUAGGACAUUCUGGCAGUUCUACCGGUGCGCAUGCUGCAGCAGUAAAUCGGAUGGCUGAAGGGGAGGAGAUUCCACCUCCAAAACCAGACUUUUCUGCACCACCACCCUAUGAAGUAGCCACAAAACUACCUAGUUACGAAGAAGUGCAACGCGAGAAAAAUUUACAGGGCGAGCCUCAUCCUCAAAUACAUAUGCUAGGGAAUGUCAGAGCGCCACAACAACCUCUAACAAUAUUGGCUAUAGAUACUGAAGCUGCGGAUGGGGACCCGGAAAGUGGACUACUUGGCACAGACUUUAUGUUCUUUACAGCGUUUCUUGUUGCAUUCCUCUUUAACUGGAUCGGAUUUUUGCUGCUAAUGUGUUUCUGUCACACUAUUGCUUCUCGUUACGGAGCGCUAGCUGGCUUUGGAUUAUCCCUGACAAAGUGGACGCUCAUUGUCAAACACUCUACUGACCUUGCCUCGCGAGAGAACUCAUGGCUGUGGUGGCUAAUAAUGGCAUUUGGCAUUCUAAUUUGCAUACGUGCCAUCAUCCAAUAUCUGAACAUCAAACGUGGGUGGGGGCUAUUGUCUGGCAGCGCACAAGAACGUUUACUUUUUUUCUAUUAAAGAAACCAGUAAAUAUGUAUCUGCACCUUUAUUCAAUUUGGCUUUAGAGCAAGCAUUUCUAUGUGAGGUUGUAUUUGUAUAAUAUAUAUAAUCAAUAACA